UGUAGUCGAUUAGGUACAUGAGUCAACGCAGCGUCUCGGCGACGACAGAGCGGGAGUACCGCGAGCUGCUCGCAAAGGUCGAGGCGCAAAAAGCAGCAAGUAAGAAGGCGUCCGAGGCGCUCACGGAGCAGUCGGCCCUCACAACGCUCGUGACCGAGCUCGAGUGGCUCAAGAAGCGCAAGGCACGCGCCCACGUACGCGUUCAAAAGCGCUGCGACCACCUCAAACAUCUCCGCCUCUGGUUUGACUCGUACGAUGUCGACAAGUCGGGGGGCAUCUCGGUGCAGGAGCUCAUUUGGCCAAUGCUCGUCCUCGGCUUUGCCAACACCCUCGCCGAGGUCAAGGCGCUUCUUGUCGCCGCCGACAGCGACGGCGACGGUCAAAUUGGCUUUGACGACUUUGUCGAGCUCAUGAACGCUCACGACACCAACGGAAAAGACAGCGUCCACCCGCUCGAGAAGCUUGUGCAGCUCGUCGAGACAGGCCAGCUCGGGGACCGCAGUCUCUCGCUCCAGACGCUCUUGCCGUCGUACCAGCGGCAGCUCAUGCUCUCGGCGCUCAUGUCGUACGGGGACGUCGCGACGACGCGGGCGGAAGUGGUCGCUCGUGAGGCGAACGAGGCUAUGCUCAAACGAGCGACGAUCGCGCUUGGUGCGUCCAAAGACCUUGGUCGUGUCCUGCCACUCCAACUGCCCCAGCCACUGCCGCGCAAGAAGGCGUCCGUGGUCAUUCCCAACCUCUCGGGGACUUCGGUGCUCAACCCGGUCGUCGUGCAGCGCCGGCUUGUCUACGAGAGCAAGAAGGAGCGCCGUGCCCACGCGUCGGAAGCCAACACGAUGCAUCUUUUUCUCGAAAAUAUGUUGGAAACCGGCCCGGCUUCCGCAGGUCGGCGGUCGAAUGGCAACGCCUCGAUCAAGUAUUCUGCUCGCUAACGUAGUACGAGUUGUCAUUUCA